ACGGCGCGUCCUGAAAGAGAAGCAAAAGUCGAAGAAGGCGUCCCGCACCGACAAGGGAGGGUGGUAGUUGCUGUGUUGCAGACCCCAGGUGCGCCAUUCAACGUAUCAUCGUGGACGCCCUCCGUCGAGCAUGGCCCGCAAAUGCGGGAUGAUUCUCAAUCUCGCCUUUCCGCCCGACACUGACAUGGCCGAGUCUCCAUCCUGGGACGGACGUUCAGAGCCCAGAACGAGAACAUUGAUGCCUUGCCAACUGCAUGCCUCCGGCCUAGCCGCGCUAGCCGACCUCGGCGACCAGUUGCUCCUCGGUUCGAUAAAUCUCAUUAUCUGCUUCCGUCAAUCUGUGCAAGCACGGUUCAGAUGUAACCGGAUCAAUCACUCGGAAUGCUCAGCAUCACGUGAGCCUGUCGGCGCCGCCGCCGAAGCUCGCAUCGCUUUGUUCAACAGACCCGCUUCACAUCAUACAGGUCUCCGUAGUAAUGCCAAUGAACCUCGCCUCGCCGAGGCACCUCGUGGGACCCGCUAUCGAGGUACAGAAGUGAUCGCCAUUGUCAUUGACCUGGCCGCGGAUCGCUUCCGGGCGCUGCACAGUGACGGACUUGUCGGGCGGCCAAUACUUGCGACGCCCGAGUCUCUUGCAAAGUCGGGAGGAGCCCCUCGGCAGCAAGAUGGGCACUUGCACUGUGACCGGUGUGAUUGGUCUUUGUGGUUUACUCCGAGGCACGUCCCCAGGGUGCCCCACCGCCGAGCCGCACUAGGCCCCGUGCUUUCCUCCUUUCCUCCUCCAUCAUUGCGACCAGCACGGGCAAACCACUCGCAUUACUCCGUUGCACGCAUCGCUCCUCCUCUCCCCUCCUCCCACGCAUCGGGUGCAUCUCAUCACGGCGGCGCUCCCGCUCCAUCCAUAUAUCAUGGCCUCGUUCACAGCUCCCCCUCCACUCCCUCUCGACAUCCGCGACCGCAUCCUCGCCCAUCUCCUCCCACCGUCUCCUCCGCUCCCGCACGACCUCCUCUCGCGCACCUUUCUCGAGCGCCUGACCUUUCUCCCCCCCGACCCCGCCGACCUCGACGCGCACCUCACGCCGCUUCGCUCCUCUUCCUCCAGCCCCCACCCCCUCACAGACGCGCUGCAGCAGCUCGCGGGCUCCCUGACGAUCGGAGAUACGCAGUACGCGCACGACGGCGAGAUGGCUAUCGCGAGCACUCUCUUGGCGCCGGAACACGGCGACGGCGCGGUCGAAGUCUCCUUCCAGCACGAGGGCGGAGACAAGGGCCGCGGCUGGGUAUAUUCCGGCGCGAAGCUCGGCGCGAGCGCCUUCGACUGGCGCAACGACCCCGCCGACGUCUCGUACGCGGGUUACCAAGAUGCGCCGGACGACUACUGGGCCGGCUUCACGCCCCCUUCCGAACAUGCGGAGCUGCACGAGCACGACGAAGACGACUACUGGGCGCAGUACGGCGCUGGCGUGCCCGACUCCGAGCCCGAACCCGCGGCGCGCGACGAGCCCGUGACCCCGCCCACGGCGAACAUCACCGCGCCCGAUCCGGCCGCGACCCUCUCGCUGCUCCUGCAAGGCCUGGAUGCGCCGAGCGAGCGCAGCGCGUCCCCGCAGUCGGCGUCGAGGAGGUCGGACGGGAGCGUGCUCGAGCAGAAGAUCCGGUCCAAGACGCGCGCGCAGCUCAUGCGCGCAUGGACCGAGUAUUCGGCGGGCGACGCCGAGGCCGUGUACGACUGGCUGCGGCUCGGGCGCGAGAUCGCCGACCGGCCGUCGUGGACCGCCGGCACCGGCACGGGCUAUGCCGACGCACGCACCGCCGUGCUCAUGGCGCGCCUCGAGGCUGCCAAGGACCUGCAUGAGAUGCUGGGCGAGGAGGGGGAAGCGUUUUGGCGCCUCGUGGAGGAGGCGAUCCGCAUCCACACGAAUCCGGUCGGCGACGGGCAGCAGGAGUACGAGCAGUCGUGAGAUGCGCCUGGAAGGUUGGUUGUAUCGUGUACUAUAUGCAUGUAAGGCCGAUGCGAACGGGACGGGAGCCUAGGGAAGCGUUGCAAUAUAGCAAGAUGAUUAGAUAGUGGCGAGGUGACAGCGGGCGGAAGCGAUGGCGCACGGUCAAGGUCCAUUGUCUGUGCUCGCA